GACAAACUUUCGGCGGGCUGGAGACAAUUGAGAUGAUAGAAAUUCUCAAUUUACAUCUCCAUAUAGUUUUUUAUAUUUGCUUAUAAUGAAUGGCAAUUUGUCAGUCCUGUAUUCAAACUGUAGUAUUCACUUAUUUGACUCUUCUAAUGGUAAUCUGAUGAACUAUUCUAGGUCAUAUCCAAAUAGCUGUGGUUUCACAUCGAACGCUUAUCUUAACAAAUCCCAAAACGUAAAGGUAGAUUCACAAAAUUUUACUCAAAAACGAAUGUCUCGUAAAAAAAAACUCGUGUGUCCUAAGUGCAACAGUUGUUCUGAAGAUAGCAGUUGGUGUUCCAACUGCGGAGAAUUACUAAUUGGUGCGGAAAUUUGUUCUUCAGGCGAACCGAAAUUCCUUUUAAAUGAAGUAUCUAAGACGCAAACUAAUAGAAUGAAUUCGAGUAUUGUUUCAUCUAAUAUUUCUUCAAGUGUACCUGUUAGUUUCCGAAUGUCCUGUGAGAAUGAUAUACAAUUGCAAAAUUUAGUUGCUCAACAACACCGUGCCAUGUUAACCACGGCUACAGAUGUAACAUCAUUACCAUCCUGUGCAGCGUCAGCAUUCUCGUCAGCAAAUCUAAACACUCGAAAUUCAGAAUGGAGCAAUUUUUCAUCUUCAUCAUCAAAACAUUUCAAUCAACUGUAUCAUAAUGAACCAAGUAUUCCAUUGUGUGUUCCGGUUGAGCCUUCGUUUUCGAAAUAUGAGAACGUUGGACUUUUACAGAAUGUCUCCGCAGACCAACAGCAGUAUCAAUUUGAAAAGAAUAACGAACACACUAAUUCUUUCAAUUCUAAAUUGUUAUACCCUAAAAGAAAUGAUUUUACUGAAUCCACACCAUGGAAUUCCAAGCAUAUAAAUGGUAAUCAAAAUUGUAACCAGUUGUCUCAUUCACUUAAUAAUGUUCCUGAUUAUCGUACAUCUGGUCUGAUCAAGCAAAAUAAAUUAACAAGUGAUCAUAGUAACUUUGGGAAUGUAUAUCAUACUAACAAUGUCCCUUCCAAUUAUCAUCUAACUACAAAUACUUCACCAGUCAAUUUAUCGGCGAACUCUCCACAAUGCCAAUACACGUUUUCAGGUAACUGGUGGGAUAAUUCCGCCGCGUCACAAAUUGUGGCUGAUCUUUUAAGGGAAACACAGAUUUCAGUUUCAGCUAAUACUAAUACUCCUUUUCAGUCAACAUUAUACCAACCAUGGCAAUACCAAGAAGUGAUUCCUCCAGCUAGUAAGAGUCCUUCAGCAUCACAUAAAGGUGUUCGCACACGUGGUGGAUUUUGUCGUCGUAAACAUCCGUCUGAAUGCUCUCGAACUCAACCUAAUAAUCCUAUUCCAGUUCAAAAUUCAGCCAUCUGUCGUGCUCGCAGUUUUAGUUCCGAUUUUGAAGAUAAUAAUCACAAUGGUGUUUAUUCAUCAAAAUCGAAACCGUAUUUCAAUUGGCAAUCAUCUAGAACAGCCUGGUCAGCACACGAUCCUGCAGUGUUGAAAAAGAAACCUGCUGCAUAUCUAAGAGCAUCAUAUAGUCACGGAAAUGUUGCUUCUGUUCACUUGGACUGUAAUACAAAUGUGAAACCUGAUAAAUCUCAACAAUUACUUAUUCCACAUUCAAACAACAAUUCAUCUAAUCCAAAAGUUGAUUCGAACAACAAUACUAUAAGAUCAUCUCCAGACAAUCGUUCAGAAUGGAAUGAUACUCAUACAAAGAUAAAUCGUUGUCAUCAUCAUAAUCAACAACCACCAAGACGUAAUCGAUGUUUUGUAUCAAAGAGUUUGAGUGUUUGCAUGGAUAAUACAACACACAAUACAACCACUAGUAGUAGUAGUAGUAGUGCACUAAAAGAGGAUACUUCGAUUAAUGUUCAUAUUGAUGAAAUUAAUAAACCUAAAAAUCAAUUUGUCAUGUCCAACUGGUUACUCUUACCCGAUGAAUUAUGGCUUGAAAUACUUCGUUAUUUAAGUCCAGUAGAUCGUGUACGAGUUGCUCAAACUUGUCGACAUUUGUCUAGACUUUCAAUGGAUCGUUCAUUAUGGCGAGUGAUUCAUCUUCAUCGACAACAUCAUUUAACUGAUGCAGAUUUAAUGAAAAUUGGAAAUUUUAAACCAAAAGAAUUACGUUUCACUUAUUGUCGUGGUGACAGUCUAACAGCUACAGGAUUAAAACGUAUGUUUUUAGUCUGUGGUCCAGGAUUACAAAAAUUAUCAUUAAUUGGUUGUACUAAAGGACCAUUUGAUCAAGAUUUACCAUUACGCAUAGUUGCUGAUCAUUGUCAUAAUUUAAAACAUGUCAAUGCAAGUUAUACUCAAUCAGUACGUGAUCAAACUGUCAUCGCUUUAGCUAAAUCUGCUACACAUUUAAUUAGUGUAAAAUUAAAUGGUGCUCAACAAAUUAGUAAUGCUGCUAUACAACAAUUAGUUCAUUAUCAUCAAAGUACUCUGGAACGUUUAGAAUUAUUUGGAUGUUUUCGUUUAAAUUCAAGUAUAUUGGCAUUAUUGGGACAAUGUCAAGAAUUACGAGCAUUAGCAUUUGGACAUUUGCAUCAUUUAUCAUCGGAUGGUUUAUUGGAACUUGUUAGCAAAUUACCUCAUCUUUCUUCACUUGAUCUACGUGGUACACAAACUUUUAGUGAUGAUAAUAAUCUUACUCAAUUAGCUACUAAAUGUCCUCAUCUAGAAGAAAUUGUCUUAGCCAAUAUGCAUUCGUUAAAAUGUGAAACUGGUAUUGCUCAAAUGUUACGCUGUUUACCUCGUUUACGUGUACUAGAUCUAUGCGGUCUAGUUGCUGUUGGUGAUUUAACAAUGGAAGUUUUAGCUGCUAAUUGUCCUCAAUUGGAAGAACUUGAUGUCAGUUGUACUUCGGUUACUCAAAAAGGUUUAUUCCAUUUAACAAAUGCUCCCGCUGAAUGUUUAAAAUGUUUACGUAUUAGUCAUUGCAAAGAAAUAACUAGUGAUGUACUUGAAAAACUAAUUGAAGCCUGUCCUAAAUUAACAUUAUUGUACGCUUAUGGAUUUGUUUCUAUCAAUGAUUGGGGCUUCCUUCAAAAAAUACGUCCAACUUUAUUAGUUGAACGAGGUAUUUAAUUAACUUUAUCAACAAUCCAAAUACAUCAAUAGAUGAAUAAUGAGAUGAGACGAGACAAGAAAACAAUAGAAAAUGAUCCCAUAACACAUUGGGUGUGUUGAUGCAGCUAGUAGUAGUAUUAUUAUUAGUACGAGUAAUGGAUAUGCGGUCAAUGAGCUAUUAUUAUUAUUAUUAUUAUUAUUAUUAUUAUUCAUCUCUAACAUAUAACCAACCACCUACUUUAUAAUCAAAUUAUUCUUCAUUCGAUUUCUGUGUAUAAUUUUUUUGUUUUGUUUUGUCUUGUUUUUUUGAUUUCAUCAUCUUGAAUAAAAUUGUUCUGUUAAAUUAUACUCAAAUCAUUAACUAAAAACAAAUAAACAGCAUAUUCAUUCGACAAAUAAUUCACAUGGAAAAACGGAUACUUUUGAUACCAACAAACAUACAUAGAAUCUACUACUACUUAAUAUUCAUCAAAGCAUUCUUUGUAUAAUGUUAAAUAAAAAAAAAAUGAAUUAUCUUCGAUUCCGGUGAAUUUGUUCAAUGUUCAAAAAAUUUUGUUUUUUUGAUUUCAUUCUACCCUUU